AUAUCUAAAACGAACCAAAAAAAAAAAAAAAAACUCAAAAUUUUCCUUCAAGCGAAACCAGAAGAAACGGAAAAAUGGACGCAAUUGACUCAGUAUUCGAUCCGCUGAGAGAGUUCGCUAAGGACAGUGUGCGUCUUGUCAAGAGAUGCCACAAGCCCGACCGCAAAGAAUUUACGAAGGUGGCGUUCCGUACAGCGAUCGGAUUCGUUGUUAUGGGAUUCGUAGGAUUUUUCGUCAAGCUCAUCUUUAUCCCUAUUAACAACAUUAUUGUUGGAUCCAGUUAGGUCUGCUUUGUGUUACUGACUUACAGGAUGGAUGGGAAAUGGUAGAAUUUUUCAGCAGAGAGAGAAAAGAAAAGAAAGAACUGCAUGAUUAGAUUGAGAGCUACAUCAUCAGAGUUCCAGAAGUAAUUUCAAUUUAGACUUGGGUUUUCUUUAUAUUCGGUUUUGUUGGAAAUGGUUUAGUUUUUAGUGUUGUAAUAGAAUCCUGUUGAAGCCAGUUCAACCUUCGACUUUUGGUCCAAUGAAUUAUAUAUAUGUUUCAUGCUCA